AUGCUUGAUAUGUUCUUGGAGGAGCUCAAUAUCGAGUGUAAUCGAAGUCGAAAUGUCGAAGUCUUGGAUCUUAAAGAGGCAGCCUGUGGUGGUCCCGAUGACGCACCGAAAAGGAGACCACCUGUUGCAGCCGCAGUGAAGCAGUUUUUGUUGCUGGCUCUAGGUUCGAUGCUUAUCCCAAAGAUGUCACGACUUUGUGAUCUCGAUUAUGCCGAGUAUCUUGUUGGAAGGGUGGAAGACAUUGCCACUUUUAAUUGGAGUGGUUUUGUUGCCCGCAAUCUGAAAGGGUUUGCCACAAAAACCAUCCCUACCUGCAGCUAUUGGUUCGAGCCUAGGGUGGACAAGGUGUGCUGUAAUAUCCCCAAGGAAGCUGAGAAGUAUCUUCUUGGUCCGAUGUUGUUCUCAAGAGAAGAAGUCAAAUCCCGCUUCCGUCCUGAACGUGUCAGGAGGGAUUUGGAAUUUGGAUCAAGCAGCUCGGCUUCUACUACUGAAUGGUGGAAGGAUGUUGAUUUGGAAACCCUUGAUGAUGAUGAGCUUAAGGCAUUGGAGUCCAUGACUGAAAAAAUGAUGGAUGUAUGGGAGUCAAGGCGGGAUAGUGUUUGGAGAAUUGUCAUUUUGCGCCAUCAAGGAACCAAAUGA